AUGUCUUUAGGGCAAAAGGGUUCGGCGGAUCCUGGUGCGAUACUCACUACCCUUUUGAACAAGCGAGAGAAGCUUCGGCAAGAGUUACGGAGCAUCGAGAAGCAGGUUUAUGAAUUGGAGACAAGCUAUCUUCAAGAAUCGAGCCAUAUAGGAAAUGCGUUAAAGGGCUUUGAAGGGUUUCUGUCUUCUUCAAAGAGCGCUGCUAGUGCCAAGAGAUCAAGGAAGUUUCAGCCUGAAGACAGAGUCUUCUCAUUGUCGUCAGUCACAUCACCAGCUGCUGAAGAACUUGGUGUCGGAAGAGAAGAUGGACGAGCUGAAUUGGGGCCAGGGAGAUCAAAGGGUGGAUUGUCCACGGGACAGGGAAAACCGAAGAAAGGUAGAGGACAAGCAGUGGCAAGAGAGUUAAAGAGAAGCAGACCAUCUACAGAACCAGAUUAUGACGAUGAAGAUGAUCCAGAUACGAGUAUGUAUGUGCCUGGUUCACUCAUCUAA